AUGAACAAGAUUCAGAUUCAAGACUUGCUAAACUCACCAAGGGAUGUGGAUACUAAACAGGAGCUAAGAGAUAUCAACGAUAAGCUCUUCGCAUUAUGCUCUAAAUUACCUUCAUCCGAGGCCCUAUUGGAGGCAGAGUUCCAUUUAGAACUCAGAGAUAUAAUGCUAAAUCUUUCAAAACUACAAGAUACCUCCCGUAUGGGCAGCGAGGAGAAGCAUUUGGCGUAUACGGCACAUCAGCUCACGUGCACAAUGAUAACCCUAAUAAAAGGUAUGAAAAAUUUUCACGGUACAGGAGGUCACUCGUAUUCUUCUUCGAAGAGUGAAAGUGAUGAUAAAACGGUUUUCAACGUCGUUACACAGGAUAUGAUGAAUUUGAACAGGACCGGUAUUUCGUAUAGAGGCCACAGAUUUUCUAAGGAAAAUGUUAAAGUAUUAGAGCGAUGGUACACCGCGCAUAUAGAUAGACCAUACUUGAACAGACAAAGCACUGAAUACUUGAUCUCCAAGACAGGUCUCUCAAGAGUACAAAUCAAGAAUUGGGUUUCUAACAGGAGAAGAAAAGAGAAAAGUGUACAUGUCUCUCCAGAACUUAUCCAACUCCUUCAAAAAAAAUCUUAA